AUGUCCAAGACGAUGUUACCUUCGUGUAUCGUGUAUAACUCACCGUAUUCAUCUCCCUCUAGGGGCCUCGACCACUACGGUGCUGCCGACAAGAGGGCGUCCACCAUGCCGUCCCAGGGGUCUCUCUUCACCAACUUUGAGGACGUGCAGUUGACGGAUGAGGAGCGCGUGUUCCUCAACGCUGCAUACCUUGGUGAUGUAGGGAUUGUCCGUCAGUCUCUUGAAGAGAGCGGAGAGUCGAGUCUCAACGUCAACUGUGUCGACUACAUGGGCCGCAAUGCUCUCCAUCUGGCCAUCGACAGCGAGAAGCUGGACGUCAUUGAAAUCCUCCUUGACAAUCUCUCUUUCAACUGCAUCGAGGAGGCGCUUUUACACGCCAUCAGCAAGGGAGGAACUAAAAUUGUCAAGCUUAUCAUCGAACAUCCGAACUUCAUGGCCGGAGAGGAUAGGUUGCGGAGACUGGGGGGAGGGGAGGCGUUCUUCAGGACAGAGGAGAAAUCUCAGUUCCCCCCUGAUAUCACCCCCGUUAUUUUGGCCGCACAUUAUAAUAACCACGAGAUUAUUCAGAUGUUUCUCUCACGGAAUCAUACCAUAGAGAAACCCCAUCCUAUCUCGUGCAAGUGCAGUGAUUGUGUCGCUAAACAGAAUUAUGAUUCGUUAAAAAGGUCAAGGUCACGUUUGAACGCUUACCGUGCGCUUGCAAGUCCAGCGUACAUGGCUCUGUCUAGCCCUGACCCCAUCAUGACGACCUUUGAACUGCGACAGGAAAUGAUGAAGCUAGCGGAAGUGGAAAAAGAGUUCAAGAACGAGUACCUGGGCAUGGUGGAGCAGUGUAUGAACUUCGCCUGUGAGCUGAUGGACUUGUGUCGGGGCACCCAGGAGGUGGAGGCUGUGCUCAGUGAGAGUGGGGAGACCACCCAGCGGGACCCCCUGGCCAGACUCAAGCAGGCUAUCCGGUAUGAGGAAAAGAAGUUCGUGGCGCACCCCAACUGUCAACAACACAUGACUAGCAUCUGGUACGGCUCUGAGAUGGGAUUCUUGCAGUCGCUCAACUGGUUCCGCAAACUCAUAUAUCUCAUCCUCUUCCUUCCCGCCAUUCCAUUCAUGUGUAUAACCUAUGUCUUCGCGCCUAAUAUCAAGUUUGGGCGCAUCAUGCGCUGCCCAGUGACGAAGUUCAUCACGCACACGACGUCACACAUCUGUUUCCUCAUCCUCCUGGCGGCCGCCACGUUCCGCAUCACCGAGUCAGGGGAGACAAUCACCCAAACCACUGAGAUUAAUGAAACCAAGUACGCCCAUCUCAGCAGCGAGGAGAAGAUACAGAAUAUCUUGAAGGAAACCCUCCGCCCAGCGAAUACACUCAUCACUCAUGUGCAGAUCUGUAUAGUAUUUUGGAUAUUAGGUCUUCUAUGGAUUGAAUGCAAACAAGUGUACAUCUCAGGAGCCCGGGCUUACACCACGGACUAUUAUAACUUCAUUGAUUUUAGUGUCUUAUCUAUGUAUCUAGCAUCAUACGUCCUUCGAUUCUUCACGGAGUACCAGGUAGCGGCGGCCGACAGGACGUCCAAUGGCACAAAUCGGGCGAGAGAACUACUUAUGCAACAAAACCACACAUACUUCCAUCUUCUGGUUGCUGAGAUUAAGAACCCGAACCAUAAGAUCAAUUACUUCAUGGAAGCAUCACGGUUCCAUUGGGAAGCCAACGACCCUGAGAUUGUCUCCGACGUCUUGUUCGCCAUUGCCAACGUCAUCAGCUUUGCACGCACCACCUACCUCAUGCCAGCCUUCGAGGUGUUGGGCCCCCUGCAGAUAUCCCUAGGGCGCAUGAUCGGCGAUAUCACCAGGUUCAUGGUGCUGUUUACCCUGGUACUAUUCGCCUUCAUGGUGGGCCUGCACAACUUGUACUGGUACUACGGGGCGCAGAAAAUCAAGAUGGAGAUCAAUGGCAAUCUCGUCAGCGUUCACGCAGCGAAAGCAUUCCAAGGUCCUCAUAACCUCGUUUUUGCAGUCAAAAAAUGUCAAGUUCUAGACAGUGAGCGUGGCGACAUAUACUGUACAGACGGCAGCAAACGAGAUCCCAACACGCCCCCAGUGUUCAAGUCUACCUUGUACGGGUCGUCUCAUCACGACAGCAGCACGUCCAUCGUCGAGAGUGUCGGGAUGUACCUGUUCGGUAUCUACCACGUCGUCAUCAUCAUCGUCCUCAUCAACAUGCUCAUUGCUAUGAUGAGCCACUCCUUCGAAGACAUUCAGACCGACUGUGACGUGGAGUGGAAGUUUGCCCGUACGAAGCUGUGGUUGAACUACAUGGACGAGGGCAGCACCCUGCCCGUCCCCUUCAACAUGAUCCCGACGCCCAAGUCCUUCUAUUACGUGUAUAUAUUCUUUAAAGACUUGAUAAAGCAUAGCAAAAAUGGAUUCCUAGAAUAUGAAAAGAAUAGAAAGCAGACGUUUCUGAAGAAGCGUCGAGAGACAGUGUGCAAAACGUUGGACUUAAAGCCUGAUGAGACGUCGUAUAUAGACAUCAUGCACAGGCUAGUAAAGAGAUACCUCUUCAAGCUGGAGAGAGCUAAAGAUGAAACUGCCUUGAAAGACAUGGGCAACAUCAGAGCGGAGGAGGUGGAGUUCAUAGAAGCCCCAGACGUUCCCCCGCCACCAAUACCUAGCGACACACCCAGCCGGAUACCCUUCGCCACGCCCCCUAUACCAGAGGAGGAAGGGGAGGAUAACUCUAAAGCUGACGGUCGGGCCUCCGCCCUGUCAAAGAGGAAGGCCAGUAACCGGAGCCAUCACACCCGGCGAACGUCCAUGGCCAACGUUCCCAUGACAACCACCCUGGCUAUCCCCCAGCUGGACGCCAUCCAGAGGUCCCAGAAGCUCCUUGACGUGCGGCUCCAGCACCUGCAGGCCAACAGCAAGGAGAACAACCGUCUCCAGGACGACGUGGAGUUCAUACGCAAGUUGAUGACGGAGAACCAAAAAGCUUUGUGUAAUGUGGUGCAGGCGUUGGCCAACAUUCAGGGGGAAAUUGUCAACUUGGCUCAGUGCCUAAAGCCAGCACCGAGGCCUCAGUCAAACGCCAUUCCUAACGCCCAUGGGCAGACUAACGCAGUGUCGUCCAAUCGUGCUUCCAGGAAGAGAUCCGGUCCUGAGGAGGACGAUACCAAGGUCUGACGGUGAGACGAAGUGGAGGACCUCGUGUUCCUGAUGUGGAGGUGUACUGGAAGGCGAUGUGUAUGUUUGAGUGGCACUCACGGUCACUUAGUCAUCUCGCCUUCCCCUGUGUAUAGCUACCGCGUGUAUAGGACUCUCUACCUGGAGUACUCCAGGCACACAAGCAACAUGUCGAUAUUUAUGCUGUCGUGAGAUUAAGGGCGCCAAGACGUUGAGUUCUGUAGUGCGGGCACUACACAUCCCCGGGCACAUGUCGUCACUCGUCACGGUGUCCAGUUGGGCACAUGACGUCACAAUGUUCCUGCGCGGGCACAUGACGUCAUAUUGUUCCUGCGC